CAAAAAAACUAAUUUAAUUUUUCUCUUUUAUUACCUCUCUUUUUCAAUGGUGACUCCGUUGCAUGCCACACGCUGUACGCUGUACGACAAUCAAUAAAUUGUGCGCGCGAUCCACCAGAUAAACUCAAUGUCACGAGCGUAUUCGCUGCCGCCGGCACACAUCUGCGAUCCAACUUGCGCGUGAAAGCCAGUCCGCCCAGCAGUCGUGUCUGCACGCCGGUCAUAAAGUACGAACCGACGUCCACAGUCGAUGACAAUGAGCAUGAGGGCGAUUUGGCCGGUGUGCCUAGCCUUGGUUUGGUCACGCAAAGCGGUGCGAUUACAGUUGGUAUCACUGGUGAUGGCAGCGCCGCAUUGCCCGGUGACUGUACCGACGACGAGCAACCAUGUGAUCUACGCUUGAGCGCUUUCCCGAUGAAUCUGGUGUCGAUGGCGAUACAACGGGCUGCACUACAGUCCAUAGCGGCCGCACCGUCCACCCACCUCUCGUCGCUGAUGAACUUCCCGCAUCCGCACGCCAGCGCACAUGCACAAUUGACGACGCAAGCAGCCGGACAACCGCGUGCACUAUCACCAACACGUCGUUACAGCAUCAGCACCAGUACUGCUACGGGUAAUAAUGCUACUGGCAUUGGUGCGGGCGUUGUGCCUUCAAAUAGAGCCAACACACCACCGCUUACGGGUGGUGGCGUUGGUGUUGGUGUUGUUGUUGGUGGUGGUGGUGGUGGUAACAUCAACACUGUGCCACUAACUACGGGUACGAGUGCGCCUAGCGCCACCUCAGGCGGUCCAUCUACCUCAGCAGCGGCGGCGGCAGCAGCAGCAGCAGCAGCGGCAGCGGCUGGCAACACCGCACUCAUAGCAGGCAGCAGUUGUGGCGAUGAGGCCAGUGGCGUAUUGAGCAAUAGCGGCACUGCUGCUGGCAGUAGUCACAUGGCGGCCAUUGCAUCCGGUACCGGUGCUGGUGGUGGUGGUGGCACCUUCGGUGGCGCCUACACAUGCGAACGUUGUGGGAAUUCGUAUGCACGACCGCACAGCCUAAAUCGGCAUAUGCGUUUCGAGUGCGGCGUCGAGCCGAAAUUCGAAUGUCCGAUUUGUCACAAGAAGUCAAAGCAUAAACAUAAUCUCGUUCUGCACAUGCGCACACAUCAACAUCGAUGAUAUAAUCAGCCGUCACGAUAUACGCAAUGACCACCGAUACUCCGCCAACGCAUACUACGACUACAUACUGGGGAAUUUAGCAAAAUUAGCAGCAACAAAAACAACAACAACAACAACGACAAUUUGUGCAACAGCUGCGGCAACAACAACAAUCGACAGUAUGGAUUCAUCACAAUUGCAAAGAAAAUUUUUUAUAUGUUGCUAUGAGCAGCGCGCGCACCCACACAUACGCAGGCGCAUACGCAUGCGCACAACCACCCACUUCGCCACGUUGAGUUCGACGCUUUCCUUUGCUAUUCGCAUAUAAAUCUGCCUACAGACACACACACAUGAAACGCAUAUAGCGCAGAGCACAUUCCAACGCAUAAGUAUGAAAUUGUUGAAAUCGUUUUUAUUUUAGCGAAGCACGCACGCCGUUACAGUGGUAAAUACAUACAUAUAUAAAUAGUGAACAAUUAAGUUAAAAGUGUGAUAGAUUGAGGGUUAGGUUGCGUUAAAGAUGUUGAUGGCAACAACAAAAACACACACACACAUACACUCAUACACGAAACACCUUUACACUUACACAAACACACAGAGAGACAUGCAUGCAGGUAUGUAGGAGUGCAAUUUGAUGAAGGGAGUUCUCCAAGCAAGCAACACACACAUUAACUAAUUAGCACGAAUGUGAUUUAAUUCUUUUAAACAUAAAGAAGUCUUAUAAUUUUCCAAAUGAUCUUGAGAACUUAGUCGUUUUUUUAUUUACAUUCAUUUAUUUUUACAAUUUUAACUAUAGCUUAAAAGUAUACUUUUAUACGAACAUAUAAAUAUAUAUAUUAUAAAACUAAUAUUCUCUACAACAUUAUGUAGACAUGCACACAUACAUACAUACAUACUUGUAUAAGUAAAACAAAAAAUGUAUAUUAAGUAAAGCCUGUAUGUCUGUAUGUAUGAUUAAAAGUGAGAGAAUAUUAAACAAUUAUUGUAAAUGUAAUUGUAUAUGUAGUUUUACAAAAACAAAAACAAAAAUUAAUAUGCAAACAGUCAGCAUAUGUGAAUACUUGUUGCAUAUACAUAUAAAUAUUUUGGCUGUUACCGUUAUGGCCGCCACAUUACAGCACAACUAAGCAUGUAUGUAAGUGGCAGCCAAAAUUGGAGGAGGAGGAGACACAAGAAGUGAUAUUUGAAGCACAAAGUGAUAUGGACAGUGGUAUAUGGAGUACAUAAGUAGUUAUGUAGAACGUAUAAGUUGCGAUGGUAUUAGGGGACUUUGUUAAAAAGGAGUAAAAAAUAACAAAAAAUGUAAAAAUUAGAAUAAAAGCGAAAAAAGCUUGGGCUUGAGAAGAGCAAUUGUAUGUUGACAGGAGAGAAAAGCCAAAAUUUAGCGAGAGAGAUGAAAGAGGAAGAGAAAAAUAAGAUAGAAAAUUAAAACGAAAAGAUAAAAGGAAUAAUAAAAAGUAAAGAUUAAAAAUUAAUGCGAAAAAAGCUUGGACUUGAGCGGAGCAAGUGUAUGUUGAUAGGAAAGUAGCAAAAAUAAAACGAGAGAGAGAAAAGAAAGUAAGAUAGGAACGAGAACGUAGAAAGAAAAGAUUAGCGGAAAUAAUAAAAAUAAUAGAUAAAAAGAAAACAUAAAAAUAAUAAUUAGAAA